AUGGCGCCGACGUCGCUGACUGCAACUGCAGCCGCGAAGAUCCUGGAGCACCUCCACGACCAGCCUUUGGUCAAGACGGGUCCUGCCGACCGCCACCAAGCACCGCUCCGCCCGGACGUGGAAAGAACAGCUGAGCACUUCGCUGGAGAGCUGCUGCUGCACUGCAAACACUGGCGCGGGGCAGAGUUCGUCACGGAGAAGGGCAAGGUCGUAAAGGAUUCGCUGAAGAUCUCUCGUGCUGUGGCACGCUACAAAGAACCCUUCUCCUUCGCGUGCUGCUUCCUGGAUGCGGCGGCCAUGGUAAGUUUGGCGGUGCCUCCAGACAGCUUUCCGGACUUCGACAUCAGACUCGACGCCAUGAUGUACGACUGGAGACAAGGGCAAUGCGGCAGCAGCAGGCGACAACCGCUGCAUCUCUGGCGCCCACAGCAGUUCGUACUCGAUAUCAGCUUUCUACCCCCAGCCUUGCUGCCCGAGACUGACGACUCUGACGUGGACCUGGACUUGCCGCUGCCGAUGCCCUGCUCCUAUGCGAGGCUGCGGGUGCGCGGCAUCAUCCUGCCGCCGGCCUGGCGCUCCAUGGGCGCCGUCUGCAAGGGCUGGGACACAGCCGUUUUUGCAGUUCGCAGCGCUAGCGGGCAGAGCAGCGCCUGCGGCAAGCCGCGCCCGUGUGGCCAACGAAGCCUGUGCGAGUUCUUGCUGACAGCCAAACGCAGGCGGCUGGCCGACCCUCGUCGCCCACACUGCUUCGACUGCCGACCCGUGGCGGCUGCAAUUACAGACUCAGACACAGACAGCGACGCCGACAAGCAAGAACAGAACGCGACAGGGCAGGGCGAGAUUUGCAGUAGAGAGAUACUUGUUCGCCGCUCUUAUAGAUCAAGACGCCAUAUAUAA